AUGGGUAGCAAAGACACUGCAACAGGUAGCAAAGGUAAUGCAACAGGUAGCAAAGGUAAUGCAACAGGUAGCAAAGGUGCUGCAACAGGUAGCAAAGACACUGCAACAGGUAGCAAAGGUACUGCAACAGGUAGCAAAGGUAAUGCAACAGGUAGCAAAGGUGCUGCAACAGGUAGCAAAGACACUGCAACAGGUAGCAAAGGUAAUGCAACAGGUAGCAAAGGUGCUGCAACAGGUAGCAAAGACACUGCAACAGGUAGCAAAGGUACUGCAACAGGUAGCAAAGGUAAUGCAACAGGUAGCAAAGGUGCUGCAACAGGUAGCAAAGGUGCUGCAACAGGUAGCAAAGACACUGCAACAGGUAGCAAAGGUACUGCAACAGGUAGCAAAGGUAAUGCAACAGGUAGCAAAGGUGCUGCAACAGGUAGCAAAGGUAAUGCAACAGGUAGCAAAGGUGCUGCAACAGGUAGCAAAGACACUGCAACAGGUAGCAAAGGUACCGCAACAGGUAGCAAAGGUGCUGCAACAGGUAGCAAAGACACUGCAACAGGUAGCAAAGGUACUGCAACAGGUAGCAAAGGUAAUGCAACCGGUAGCAAAGGUAAUGCAACAGGUAGCAAAGAUGCUGCAACAGGUAGCAAAGGUACUGCAACAGGUAGCAAAGGUACUGCAACAGGUACCAAAGGUACUGCAACAGGUACCAAAGGUACUGCAACAGGUAGCAAAAGUACUGCAACAGGUACCAAAGGUACUGCAACAGGUACCAAAGGUACUGCAACAGGUACCAAAGGUACUGCAACAGGUAGCAAAAGUACUGCAACAGGUACGAAAGGUACUGCAACAGGUACCAAAGGUACUGCAACAGGUAGCAAAGACACUGCAACAGGUAGCAAAGAUGCAACAGGCAGCAAAUGUGCUGCAACAGGUAGCAAAUGUGCUGCAACAGGUAGCAAAGACACUGCAACAGGUAGCAAAGACACUGCAACAGGUAGCAAAGACACUGCAACAGGUAGCAAAGGUGCUACAACAGGUAGGCAGUAUGGUGCCAUGUGUAGCAAUACGGAACCAAACGUAAGCGAGAGCUGUUACCACACCUAG